GCGGCCUUCGCGGCAGAUUGUUAUAAUACACGUCGCUCGAUUCUCAUAUAACACAUGUCACGCGUGUCUUAUUAAUAAUGUUAUUGUUGUUCCGUGAGUGUGAAUACUUCCGUUGAUUGAGAAAAAAAAGAAAUGAAUAAUCAAUUAUUGUGUUAGUGGAAAAGAAUUGGAUGUAAAAAGAAAAAAAAAAGUUAUAGAAUAUGGUAAAUGGAUGUGAAUCCGUGGACAUGGAGGAGAAUCGCGAAGAUGUUGAUGUUCAACAGGGGGAUUUUUUGGCAAAUAGAUCGGAGGAAAUUUCCUCCUCUCAAUCCCCUGUGACGACAACAAUUGGAACAAUUGCACUGCAAAGUGGCGAUACUCGUCUUGUUAUUGCGCUUCUUCAAAGUGGUGAAUGGUUACGAUUAAAAGUUCUGGAAAUUCAGCCGGAACUAACGAAAUUAGGUUCUUCGCCUGAAGAGGCUACGGAACUUUCGAACGCACAUGGUGAAGUUCUUUUACGUUUACAGACUAAACAAAGUCCCGUGGAAGAAUUACUACGACAAGCUGAUCGACUUAUUUCAACGCAAAAACCAAAGGCGGAAGUUUAUAAAGCAAUGGCUGAUACACUUGCAAAUGCAUGGAGGGACGUUAAUUCUCUAUUGGAACGACGAAAAAUUAUUCUCGAACGAAAUGUACUAUUUCAAUGUCGAGCUGAAGAGUGUAAGGAAAGUAUGAAAGCAUUAGAAAUGGCUUGUAACGAUACACUUUUGCCAAUUGAAAUUGAAGCUGUGAAAAAUUUUCUCGGUAAAAUUCACGAUUUACGAAAAGUAAUGCUGGAAACAUUAAUGGCCGCAUUGCAGGAGGGAAAAAUAUUGCUUGAUCGAUUAAAAGAAAUUUCAAAUGAGGGUACCCUCGAUUCACGACCGGAUAGAAUUAAACAUGAUGCUGAUCAUGCCAUUCAGCAAGUUGAGACAUGGCUCGAGGAACUUCACGAUAGAAGAAGAUUAAUUGAAAUUUCAUUUAAAAGUCGAAAAACACAAUUGGAACAGUGUCUUGCAUUGGCAUUACUUGCCACUGAUCUCAGGAAUCUUGAGGAUAUUCUCAAUGUGAGAAUAUCGGCUCUAUCUAGUACCAGUGAUCAUUUAGGUGAUUCUUCAGCGAGCGCUGAAUUAUUACUCUUCGAAUGUAAAAAAUUACAAAUUGAAGCUAAGGAUUUUCAAGAUAGAGCAAUAAAAAUAACAAAAUCAACAGAACGACUUGUCUCAUCGGGACAUUUUGCUGGUGAACAAGCAACUGAACAAUCAUACGCGAUUCUUGGCGCUGCAGCUGAUUAUAUCAAUGAUCUUGAACAAUAUAAAUUAUUAUUGAAUCGAGCUGUUUUAUUUUUUGAAGCUGCACGUUCAGCACUUACAAAAAUCGAUCAAUUGGAAAUUCAAUUAGUCACCACUGAACAUUCACCACAUACGCCAGGAUUUGUCAGAUUGCAUGCACAGGUUGUUGAAACUUUGGAAGACAUUACGAGGGACCUUUUGGAGGAAGGUCACGCCCUUCUUGAAAUUACGGGAAGGGGUGCGCCAGGUGCAGAGGGUGUGAAGCGAAUGGUGGAAGAGAUAGAGGAUCGAAAAAUUCGUCUACUCGAACAAUGUACAGCUCACAAGGAAGAAAACAUAAGAAUUACUCAAUGUCUUCAGGAAUUUCUUGAGAAAUAUUCAAAUUUGCGAUCAUGGUUGAGUAGUAUUGUUGAAUCAUUUCUACGUGGACAUCAAGAUAUGGGAAGUGAUUUACGUAUGGCCAAAGACUUUUAUCAAUUACAUUGUCAAUUGUUAAAUGAUUUGGAGAGAAAAAGUUUUGAAGUACAAAUGAUUGAUUGCAAUGUAAUGCAAAUGGAUAUUUUUCCAAAUCUUGAUGCAAUUGUCCAAAGGGAUAUUGACGAUAAAAUGGAAGCAUUGAGAAAUUCUUGGAUCCUAUCAAAAAAAGCACUUGAAGCACGUGUUAGAUUAGGUUCAUUGUACGUUGAUUUUCAUCAAGCAGCCACAACAUUGGAUGAUGAACUUAAUUUAUUUGAAAUUGAUCUCAAGAAUAAUGCAGAGAAUUUAAAUCAAAUGAAAUGUGAUCAACUUGAAGAAAAAUGGAGAAAUUUGCAACCAUAUUAUUUACGAUUGACUGCCGCUGGGAAAUCAUUUUUAGAUGAAGGGGAAAAGAUUAUGGAUUCGUAUCUUGAUGUGCCGAGAGCUUGUUUGUGUGUUGAAACAACAUUGGAACGAUUUUCUAAUAGACAAUUUACAAUUACGAAAACCUGGGAAAAUUGGCAAACGGCAAUUUCGAUUUUGAAAGAAAGACGCGUGGAGAAGGAGAAGAGAUUGGAAGAAAGUACAAAGACGUUAGAAUGGGUCUCGAAAUUCAGGGAGCAAUUGUAUCCAGUAAUAACGUCCGAAUCAACAGAAUCUGCAAUUAUUCUUCACGAUUUAUCGAGUUCACGAUCACGUCUUCUUCCUGAGUUGAAUAAAGCUGUCUCGGAAUUGGACGGAAGGAUCAAGGGAAUUGAUGUUUUUGAACGUGGAGACGACUUCACUGAUCAACAGAUUAGAAAUCAAUUGUCACAAGUGUCGGAGCAAUUGCGAUCAACGGCUGUGGAUUAUCAGACCCUUCUAGAAUCUCUUAUUUCAGUUUUUGAAAAUCUCUCCGAGAUUGAACGUAAGACUGAUCAGCAAAUUCGAGCUCAAGAUAUAUCACACCUGACAUAUCUGCCAAAGGAAGCUGUUCGCGAAGUGAAGAAUAAAAUCGAACGUCAUGAAAUCGAAUCGAAAUCAAUUACCGAAGCACUGACGAGAGUUGAAUCAGAAAUUGAAAAUGUAAUCCUACGAAUUGAGAGACAAGAGCCAGCUGAUGCGGCAAGACAAGAUAUUCAAAAAUUAAAACAAGUCGCUCAUAAUGUAAACAAUGCAUGUAAAUCAUCUUGGUCCACAGUAAAAUCUUCCCUAGCAAAAGAUCUUCAAGUAUCAUCACUUAGAGAAGAUCUCGAAAAAAUUGAUCGUGAACUUCAGGAUCUUUGCGAUCAAUUAAAAAUCAUUAAUACCAACUUAGGAGAGAAUUUACCAUCAGCGAAAAAGGCUUCCGAUAAUUUUAUUCAAUUUGAAAAAACUCUCAUGAGCAUGGAAAGUAAAGUGAAAAGUUUCAUUGAAUCAAUAGAAGAGAAUAUGCCAAAGUAUUCAUCGAUUAUACAACAUGAAUUAUCAUCGUUGCGUGAAAAAAUGCAAAAUUUAAAAACACAAACGGAAGAUACGAGAAAUCGAAAGAAUUCAAAUAUAGAAUAUUUUGAAUUACUCGAUGAGACAAAAGAUUGGUUUAAAGAAGGUAGUAAAUUGUUAUUAAUUAUCGCAAGAAAAUCAUCAUCCGUAAAAUUACCACAGGAAGCUAUUGAUUUAUUGAACGAUAUUGAUAAAUUUCUAAAGCCAGGUGAAGAUAAUCAGGAGAGGAGAAUCGAACGAAUUCGAGAAUUAUCGACACAAAUUUUUGGAACUGAUAGACUACCACAAUUUAAUGAAUUGGUUGUUGAAAAUCGUGAGAUGCUGGAUUCAUUUGCAGUGGUGGGAUCGGAAUUAAGAACAUUGGUGGAAAAUUUGAAAAAUGCCGAAUAUCUUCGUGCAAAAAUGAAAAAGGAACAGGAUGAGGUUGAUGCAAAAUUGGAGGAAGCUAAAAAAGAAGUAACAGUCGCUCAAGCUGCCGCUGCUGAAGCUGAAGAAACGCGAAAAAUUACCGAACGUCUAACUGUCGAAACACUUGAGAAAGCCGCCGAAGAAGCUAAACGUUUAGCAAAAAUUAACGCUGAAAAAGAGCAUGAAAAAUGUCGACAAAUUGCUGCGUCCGCUCAAACCGAAACGACCAAUUUCCUUAUUGAUGAACGAUUAAUUAAGGAAACAAUUCUAAAGGAAACUUCAGCAAUUACAACAAAAGAAAUUCUUAUUCUUCAAAAGACUGAAUUUGAGGAUCCAAUGCCAAUAAUUGAAAAACAACAAAUGGAGUCAACAUUGGUAAAUGAAGAAAUAGUAAAAAAAGAAGAUGAUAAAUUUUUAUUAAUUUCAGAAGCACCUCGAUUUACGGUAAAAUUAGAUAAUGCAAUAAUACAGGAGGGAGAACAAUUUACAUUCAAGUGUCACGUGAUUGGCUAUCCUGAACCGGAAGUAGUUUGGCUAAAGGAUGGAAUGUCAAUAAUUAAUAAUCCUGAUUAUUUAACGGAUUACAAUCAAGGUAUUUGUACACUUACAAUUGAAGAAACAUUCACUGAGGAUUCGGCUAAAUUCACUUGUAAAGCUUCCAAUGAUGCUGGAUCAACUGAAACUGAUGCUGUACUCACUGUUAAAGAAACUGCUGCUGAAGAAUUGCCAAGAACUCCAAAUUUCAUAAAAGAAUUGCAAUCAUCAAUUGCAAUUGAAGGAUCAACUUAUGAAUUGAAUUGUAAAGUUGAUGGAAAUCCAUUGCCAACAGUUUUGUGGUUCAAGAAUGAAAUUAAUAUUGAUAAUUCACCGGAUUAUAUAAUUACAUACAAUAAUGGCGAGGGAAUAUUGAAAUUCGAGCAAAUAUUUAUGGUUGAUCAGGCUAAUUACAGUUGUAAGGCAACAAAUCGUUUGGGUGAUGCUUCAACAUCUUGUUUCUUGACCAUUCAACCACUAGUUGGAAAAAUUGAAGAAACAGAAAAACCACAAAUUAUACUCGCUCCUGAAAAUAUAAAAACAAUUAUUGGAGAAAAAGUGGAAUUAAUUUGCGAGGCUGUGGGAAAACCAAUGCCAACCUUCUUAUGGAGCCAUGAGGGAAUACCAAUUGAGGAGACGAGUAAUCUCAAGAUCGAAACCAAUGGAGGGAGAUCCAGUCUCGUCAUUGCCGAAGUGUUUUUAAAAGACGCCGGAAGUUAUUUGGUGAUUGUGAAAAAUUCAAUUGGCGAAACAACGGCAACUUGUAAUAUUUCAGUGAAAAAUCAACACAAAUUGAAUGAUACAAAUAAUUCAGAAUCAUUGUUCACUGAUAUGAAGCCGAUGGUGCCUAGUAUUCAAUUACCACUCAAAGAUGUUCAGAUCAAGGAAGGAGAAAGCGCACGAUUAGAUUGCAUUAUUAUUGGACAUCCUGAACCUGAGGUGAUUUGGUACCAUGAUGAUCGGCCUGUGAAGGAAUCAGCUGAUUUUCAGCUGUUGUUCCAAGGCGACAGGUGUUCAUUGCUGAUUCACGAGGCUUUUCUGGAUGAUUCUGGACUCUAUAAAGUUGUUGCCAUCAAUUCUAGCGGCGAGGCUUCCAGUGAGUGCUCGUUAUCAAUUUCACCUAGAGAAUCAACAAAAAAACCAGAAUCCCCGCCUGUAUUCGUGAAAUUGUUGACGGAUUUACUGGUUGCUGAAGGUGAGGAAUCAAUCUUUGAAUGCUUGAUAACCGGUGAACCAAAAUCAGAGAUCAAAUGGUAUCUGAAUGGAGAUGAAAUUAUUGAAAACAACAGAAUCAAGAUCACUCAAGAGGAGAAUGGUACACAUAUUCUGCGGAUAUCAUCUACACUUCCGGAUGAUAAAGGAAAUUAUAUUGCCAAAGCUACAAAUCGUCUUGGUGAAGCAAAGGCAUUUGCUAAACUUGUUGUACGAGUUCUGGGUGAUUUUCAAAAAAAGGACGAACUUGUACGAAUGGAGGAAAAAUUACUCGAACCAUCAUUCAAGGAGCGAUUUGAUAAUAAAAGUGUCCUUGAAGGAGUGCCUGUUAAAUUUGAAUGCAUAGUGUCUGGAAAGCCUGUUCCUAAGAUUCAGUGGCUUUUCAAUAAUCGACCUGUGCAUGGAAAAGAUUUUUUGGUAUCAGUCAGUGGUGAACGUCAGGUGUUAAGCAUUCCACAAGCAGCAGAAAGUCAUAGAGGAAUUGUAUCCUGCGUUGCUGAGAACGCGGCAGGAAAAGCUAUUUGUAGCGCACAACUAGAUGUUGGUGUAGGGGUGCAAGAGGAGGGAUUUGAAAUUGUUCAAGUACCUAACAACGAGAUGCAUGCCUCAAGCAGUAGCGAGAAGCACUUUACGACAGAGAGAACCACAGGUGAGGGUGGCUCUGAAAGUCAAAUAUUAACGAAAAUGUCAUCCUCCCUCACGGAAUCAUCAUCAAGUCAUAGUUCCAUGAAAAAGGAAUACGUUACAUCAACUUGUUCAUCAACAUUGGGUACAACUGGUCAUCAACCCUCCAAUUAUUGUGUAAAACAAACAACUCAGAGUUCCGAACACUCUUCAUCACAAAAUGGUGCUCCUCCAGUUGUCCAGUGUCAAAAGAUUCAAGAAUACGAGAAAAUAUUCCAAGACAGACCUGGUGAAGUUAAACAGGACAGGACUAUCAUUAUCACAGAGGAUACGGAAAUAACGAAACAUGUGUGUAAACCAUGCAGAAAGCAGACGGCUCCACGUUUUGUAUCACCUGUCACGGGAAUGAUUGUUGAUCAAGCUACUGAUGUUGUUCUUGAAGGAAUUGUGGAUGGAUUUCCACAACCAACCGUCACUUGGGCAAAGAAUAAUCAGGAGCUGAGAACCAAGGACGGGGUGAAAAUGUCUUAUCAACAAAAUCAUGCACGUCUGGAAUUAAAGAACGUGAAUGUUAAAGAUGCUGGACGCUACACGUGUACUGCUGUUAAUAGUGUGGGAAAUGCUAGCAGCACAGCUGAUCUAGUUGUUAAAAAAACUAUCUUUCCACCUGUCUUCGGACGACGUCUUCAGGCGCAGGUAGUGAAACACGGCGAUCGAGUGAUGAUGGAAGUGGAAAUUACAGGAACUCCUGAACCAACAGUAAGGUGGUACAAAGAUGACGUUCCUUUAAGAGAACGACCGCCGGAAAUCAGAAUGAAACAGCAAGGGAAUUGUUAUUUGUUACUUAUCGAUAAAGCGGACAAAUCUCAUGCUGGAAAGUAUAUGGUUCAUGCAACAAACGCUGGAGGAGAAGCUCAAAGUAUCGCGGACUUUGCUGUCUUCGAACCAACUCCAGACACAAUGGUCGAAGUUCAUAAAACUCUUGUCUACGAAAACGUACAAGAUAAAGAUGUUGUCGAGCCGGAUGAGAUGAAGGCAAAAAUACCAUCAGCAAAUAUGACAACUCAGCAUAUAACUACAACGAUGAUUCAACCGAGCGCUGCCUUGAAAACUCCUAUUCCUCCUACAUCAUCCUGCUCAACUAUACGAACAAUUCAAUCAGAAUCUGAUACUAAAGCAUCACGUUCAGAAACUAUAUCAUCCACCAUUGAAUCUCAUCGCAGUGAAACUAAAUCCGAACAAAAAUUCCACAUGAAACUUGAACACAAAGCGGCACCUUUAUUCGAAGGUACAUCCGGUGAUUUAGAAUACGCAAAACCAUCCAAAGAUAAGAAAACAACAAUUGAAACGAAAAAAGAAGAAAUGACCGCUGAUGGAAAAUUAAUAGAAAGAGAGAUCAAAACUUACGAUGAAGAGGCAACUUUAAAUGAAAAUGUUGAAACAUCAACCGUAGCUAAAAAAGAUGCACUCAACUUCUUUGAAGCCAUGUCCAAAGGUAGUGACAAUAUUCCUAAGGGUCCUAAAGAUAUGAUCAAAUUGACGGAGAAUGAAGUUGGCAAAGGUCCAGGUUCCGAUGUUCAAGUUGGAAAGUUGACCAAAAAUUACGAACGCACAACAAGAUUUGAGGAGGUUAAAGAACCAAAACCUGAUUUUAAAACAUCCAAAAAGGCAGUACAGGAUAUUUUCUCUAAAUUCGAGCAAAGUUCCACCUCAAGGGGUAUUGAAAACAAUCUCAUUGAAUUCCCAUACGAAGGCUAUAAAUUACCACCACUUGAAAUUAAAAGAACCAUUUUGGAAGAUGUAACCGCUUCUGGUUCUCCAAUUCACGGUACACUAACAAUUUCCAAACUUGAAGCACAAUCCGAAAGUGCCGAAGCAAUGCUCAAGGGUUUCAAUCUCGUUCCUGAACCUCCUCCUGAAAUUGGUUACGCACCUGCUGAAGGGACGAAAAAAAAACUUCCUGAUGUCUCCAUCAAGGCCAAACAGCUCCAAGAGUCCUUUGACAAAAGUUUAUCCCCCGUGGAUGCUCCAAUUGGCGGUGUUAAAAUGUUUCCCUCAUCAAAACCAGAAACAAAAAGUUUUACACGUCCAGCGACAACACCCGAAAAAUCAUUAUCAAUACCACCUCCAUUUGAACUAAACAAUCAACAAGUGAUCGAAGAAACCUGCAUCAAGAAAGACAUUCACGAACAUAAAACAUCAUCCGAUUCGUCCGAAUAUAGAUGUCAAUCCACGACUUCCAUGCAACGAUCAAUAUCACCCAAACCUAAACCACCUCGCGAAAUAACUCGAACCCUCACAGAUCAUCAAGAAUGGAAAGAGCCCGGCGAUGAUUUCAAACUAACGACAAAGGAAACGACAAAAGAGGUUGAAGUCACGCCAGCAGGUCGUUGUGCAACCACCAGUAUCGAGUCAACCACCUCCCUUGAAAAACAAUCCUGGUCAUCGCAGGAGAAUCGUUUCGUCGAAAAAACCGUCGAACAACCCCCAAAACCCAAACCCAUAAUCUAUAAAGCCGAGACAACAAAAGUUGAUCACACCAUCAGUACAAUUCAAGAAAAAUCUCUAAUUGAAAAAUACUCCUCAGAAUGUGAUGUCCACAAGUCCCAAACCACCGAAAAAAUGAUCGAAUCCAUUGAGCAAAGAUGCACCAAACCUUGUCCAGCGUCAUCCGAUCUCAAGGCACCAUCACUUGUCAAAAACAUCGAAUCCAAAAAACAACCCACUGUACAAAUGUACCAUCAAUCUCAAUCAAUAUUGCAACCUGGUCCACCACCUGAAAUUGGCUUCAGUCCCGGUCCAGCACUACGCGAAAAGAAAAUCGAAAAAAUUGAAAAAACCCUCGAAAUGUCCCUUGGGCAUCAACCAGCGAAAAUUCCACCCGGAGCCGUGAGAAUUGCACCUCCCGUUCCACCAAAAGAUCUUCGAAAAACUCCUCCUCUUUCAUCGCAACCUAAAUUACCUCCCACCUGCUGUACACCAACAAAAUUCACCAAAACCUCCUUCUACAGCGAGAGCGAGUAUGAAUCCGAUUUAGAUGGUACCCUUCGAUCAAAAUGGCGACCCUACGAAAGUGACAGUGAAGAACCCCGUUAUCGACGAGUGACAGCGCCAAUUCCCAAACAACCCAGACCUAAAUCAACCGAACCCGAACCACUUCCACCAUCACGAUUCGAAAUUCCAUCAGCUGAUUUGACUGCUCCCUCAAGGCCACUCAUCUCUGACUAUCAGGAGAAGUCGACAAAAAAAACCAUGACACGCCAGGAGAGAGAUUACAAACAACAACAGCAACAGAGGUUCAGUCAAACACCACCAGUUCUACCAAAACCUGGAUCACCGCCCAUUUAUGUUCAUCCAACAAAUGCUGCACCACGUCCAGCAAUGAAACUAACAAAACCCGAAUCACCAAAAUUCAAAACGAAAAUGUUCCAACCAGAAAGUGGUUACAUGGCUGAUACUGAUGAGCCAUUCCAAUAUUUGCAGCAGCAGCAGCAACAAAAAAUGAGCACCACCACUGGUGGUUCCGGACAAAAAGGUUUCACAAAACAUGAGGAAUCAUCAAUGAGCUCUAAAAUGAUGUCAGAAUCACGUUCAUGCUUCUCUGAAUCACAUUCAAGUUUUACUGAGAGUAAAAAUUAUACAAAUUCACAAAAAUCCGAAUCAUCCAAGAGUUGUCCUUUCUCACAAUCCCUUCCCACAAAUCAAGUUCAGCGCACGUCUUAUAUUGAAAAGUCAUCGUCCUCAAUACCUACAAAGGACACAUUUCAUUCCGUCAGUCAUAGUGAGCAGUGGAAGUCUCAGCCAUCUCCAAGUCCCUCCAAAUUCGUCAGAAGCGAAUUUCGCGAAAGUGACUACGAGAGUGAUUUCGAUAGUAGAAGAUCAACACUCUGGAAAUCACAAGGUUCUGCCACAAUUGAUCGCACUCACAAAUCAGUAAAGUCAAAUUUGACUAGCACAGGCAAACCACGUCCAGCUUCAUGGGCAGAACCGUCAUUGCCGACUCCACCUGUAUUAAUUGAAUCAACAAAAGAGAGCAUCAAGAAGGAUAUCUCCCAUCAAGGAGACAAAUCCAAAUCAAAAUCAGUUCUUCUUCCUGGUUCACCACCAGAGAUUGCUUAUGCUCCACCAGUGACGGAAUCAAGACAAACAUAUUACGAGGGUCGUACUGGUACUCCAUUCCAUAAUGCCGUUGGAACGGAAUUAAAGAAAACUGUCCGAAUGGAUGAAUCCACUGAAAACACAAGAAGAAUUCUAACAGUCGAGCAAACAAGCCGUGUCAUUAAAUUUGGUGACAAAUCAAAUAAAUCCUAUGAGACAUCCACAAAUGAACAUUGCAAAAAUUCCUACAAUGUACCAAUGCCGAAAAAAUUCGUUCAAGGACAAUUUCGUGAAUCAGACUACGAGAGUGAUAUCGAUGCAGGUAAAAUCAGACCCAAAUGGACACCGGCCGAUAGCGACACUGAGGAACCACGAUAUCGAAAGGUCCAAGCGCCACGUAUCAGCCGACCAAGAUCAAUUGGUCCAAUUCAAUCCACAACUCCAAUUGUGACGUUGCCAAGCGAAUCGGAGAACGAGCGAUCAGAGACUGAUAUGAGAUCAUCAUCGAUGACAACCCAAAGGCUGAUAAACGACCAAUCGCUGAAACCAGGAUCACCACCAGAAUUUGGCUAUUCAUCAGGACAGGAGCUGAGGCAAACUGCAAAUCACGUUGCUACCAAACACAUGAGCGACAUGACCAGCAGCUUCAAAUCAAAAACGGAGAAGUUCGUACACGAUAUCCAAUCCGAUCUUUUGAAGAAACGAAGUAAACCAAUUUUGAAGCAUCAUUCAGUUGAUGGAGCAGUCACGGAUGGCGAUGAUGAUCCACGGACUUAUCGUGAGGAGAAGAGACUCUCGCAAUAUGGAACAAAACAUAUCGACCCGGACACUGGAUUGAUUUACUUCAAAUACGAUUUUGGAUACGAGUUUGGCAUUGUGAUACCUGGCGAGGGUAAGAAAACUGUCUCAAGCAACAGCAAAAGUGUUCAAGGUCAACGUAGAGCCAGCGAUAUUGAUGUACCAAUUGUUCAUGAAUUUACAACAAGAAAGGAAAAUGGUUUUUCAAAAUCAACUCCAUCCAAUUGGAACAAUAAUCAUCAUGGACGUCAAGCUAGUUUUAAACAAGAGAGAUUUGCACCUACAAAAACAGUUAAAUGGGAACCAACUUCUGAGAGUGAAUUUUCCGAGGCUGAAGAUAUGAGAUGUAGCAAAAAACGUGGUGGUGGUAAUCUUGCACCACCUAGUAUCUUUAUUCCAGCGUCACCAUCGCCAAGAUGGGAUCCAACAACACCGAGUCCCAUUUCUUUGAGUCCAAGUCUUCCGAGCCUAAGUCCACGACAUAGUAGCGCAUGUACAGGACCUCCAAGUAACGUCGAUUCUGCAGGAUCUCCUUGGCCUUGCACGAAUGGAAUUUCAGGAAACAAAGAGGUGAUACAACCAUACCUAGAACCUCAACCAAAGAAAGCUCCUCUUUUUAUUACGCCUUUGAGAGAUAUUGCUGUUGUGAGUGGACAAUCGGCACGAUUUGAAUGCAUUGUACAGGCAGAGCCUCAACCAAAUAUUUUAUGGUCGAAAAAUGGAAGAAUUGUUGAAAAUUCAGCGAAAUAUGAAAUUUACUAUAGAAAUGGAGUUUGUCGACUUACCCUAGCUCGCGCGUUACCAGAUGAUGCUGGUACAUUCACGUGCACGGCAACAAAUAAUCUCGGCUCGGCAGGAACUUCAUCAACAUUGCAGGUGCCAGGUAAUAGACGUUCGGUGUAUGGCAUUAUUUAAUAAGCAACAAUAAAAAAAAAAAAAGGUGGAGGUGCAUCGUAAACAAAAAGCGCUCUAGCACGAUAAGGUGGCGGUUGUAGAUCUGUGAUCUCGCUCAAAGGAGUUUAUUUCUAAAUCCAUUUAUUGUUAAUUUAUUUUUCUUUUUUAAACAUAACUAUACUACUUGGAGCGAAAUUUGCAGAUAUAAUUAUUGCUAUAAAUGUAGCUAUAUAGACUAUUUCAGCUCGCAGUGUCGGAAAAGCCCUUAUAAAACUUUUUUUUUUGCAUUUUUUUUUCUUUUUUUUUUUUGAUGAUUUUUCAUCAAGGGCGAAACUUGUUUAUUUAGUUAAUAUCGUGUCUCUUCUCUCAAUUUUCAUUUUUUUUUCCUGUGUAGGAAGCUUUUUAAAUUGCAUUUUCUUAAAAGGGAUCGUGCUUCUGCUAUAUCGUUUCUACUUUCCUCUUGCACUCCUCGUUUCACUUUCAACCUCCUCCAAAAAAAAAAAAUUUCACUUGCUUUCUUCGUGAAAAAAAAUCAUAUUCAUUUCACAUUCAUUAUUUUAAAUAUCGAGCAAAGCCUUUUUAAAAAAAGGCACUUUUUCUACAUACACAGACACAUAAAAAAAUACACAAGACUUUUUGUAUAUUAAUUUUAAUCAAGCCAAUGAUGAUGAUGAUGAUGAUAGAUUAAAAAAUAAUUCAAUAGAUAGAUAAAAAUAUAAAAAUAAUCGAGAAAUUAAAUUCUUGAUUUUUUAAUUCAAUGAAUUUAUAAUAAUAUUUGUUGAAACUAGUCAUUAUUGUAUAAAAAUCCAGGGAAAAAUUUCUUUUUAAUUAAUAAUUUAGUUUUUCUUUUAUAUAAAUGAAAAACAAAAAUUUUUAUCAAGAUAUAGUAAUAUUGUAAUUAGUUGUAAAGCGAUCCGAGGAGUAGGAGUUUCUAUACAUAUAUAUAUAUAUAUAUAUAUUUUAAAAAAUCCAAAGAAUCCCUUUUUUUGACUUUUGGAGCUUGAAGAUGAGAGACUUUUGAUUGAUGCCAAAAAAAAAUAAUUAUAAAAAAAAUGUCUAUUUACUCUUUAUAGUUAAACUUGUAUGAACGAGAAAUGUUAUUAAUUUAAGCCAGAUUGUUAUUAUCGACUUUUAUUGUUAUUAUCACUGAUUACUGUUAUAAUUAUUAUGAACAACGUUAUCAGUAAUGCUGUGUAAAUAAAUGUGUGCUUCCUCUAUGA